UAAGAUCCAGUGUCUGUAAUCCAGAGUUGCUACCGAACGCAUAUAAUGCCUAGAAUUAUUACGGAAAUAAAUAUACAAUUGGAGAAUACCGUGUACAGAUAUAGCGAUCUUUCAAGAGACGAUGUUUAGUCAACGCCUUGAAGAUCUCGUGUAUCGACCAACUAUUAAUACGUUCCAUUGUGAAAAUAAAAAAACGAAAUAUGUGGCAAUCUAUAACAAGCUGUGAGACUUUUGAAUGAUAUAAAAAUAAUUUCGUAACGCCACGAAUUCGUAGGUCGUUCAUUAAAUCGAUGAGAAAUGAAUGAAAUAACAAAUAAGUGAAACAUAGCUUUCAUCAAUAGCUCUUAUUGAUUACUAAUGAUCAAUACGGUACUGUGAACAUAUUACUGUAGUUCCAAGACAAACCAGGGCGUAUAUUCUCUGCAAAAUAUUCAUCGUUUCCAUAUUUCCAUUAGUUGAAAUAUUUCAGAUGCAGGCGUUGUUAAAAUACAGGAACGCGGAAACUACGUGCUGCGUGCGGAAUCGCAUAUCACUUUCAAUCGAAAACAUUUCAACGUCGACCAGAGCCCGGAGGCAAGCAAUAGUAUUUUUUUCACCGUGCAUUAAAAAAGCGCGCACGUUAGCCCCGUAUUUCUCUGUUUUGAUUUCGACCGGUGGCGCGCGGUGUGCAAAGUGGACUUGAAAAUAACCCCGCCACGAGAGGAGACCACCCAAAUCUAUUAAUAGUUUACCGACGUAAGUAUCUUUGUCGCCGGUUCAGCAUCGACUAUACGCGCGAUUCGGCCGCAAAACCCGCCGAUACAGUCCGCGUGCGUGCACGCGUGUCGUCGCCCGAAGACGUCGUCGCCGCGAUGCAACUGACACCUCCGUCCGCGGAUGAAGUCUCCCGACGCGGAUGAAUUAGGGAGCUGCCAGUUGAGCACGGGAGAACGAAGACCCGAAAGAGAAGACGAGCGAGGGGAAAAGAGGAUUCCCACGAAGAGAUGUCUAUCCGGCGGACGUAACCGUCGUCGCGAGAGCGACUGCUCUCCGAUUGCUCCGACGCACGACGAGAUUUUUGGCGUUCGCGCACAGCAGAAACUGGAGGGAACUUAAAACCGCGCGUUUCGAGUGAAUCUAAAUAAAGAACUAUGCAACGCGACGGCUGAGGCGGGGCGCGGUGCCUCGGGAUAUGUUUGAGAGAGUGAGUAAGAAUGGUACAGCAAGCAACCGCAUGUAGCAACGAGACGAGCGCAUCCCUCAAUGGCGUACCGAACGGCGACCGCAGAGGAGGAACGUCCGGUAUCGUCGUCGCGACGGACGCGGUGGUAGCGCGUGGUGCUGACGGUGAAACGACCUCCCUAACACGCGGUGGCGGCGACGGCGGCGGCAGCGGCGGCGGGAGUGGUAGCGGCAGGUUUUCCCUGUUCAGGUGGUUCAAGCGAAAUCGCGAUUCAACCGUGGAGAAACGACGGAGAACGAGCGCGAGGCCGGACGACGAUGGCGUCGUCCGACGACGUAGCAGCAUCUACUCCAGCGUGGAGAGCGUAGACACCUUUUACAGCACCACCACGGUCCGUAGUUUCGCGUUUCACACGGGAACUCUCGGCCGUUGCAACGUGCUGUCCUUGGAUAUACUCAAGCAGGCGGCCGAGGUCGGCCCGUUCGCCGCGGGAGCCUCGAAGGUGUACCCGGGUAACAAAGAGAACAACGCCUGCACGUUACCGAUUAAUGUACACUCUCGGCAACGAGACAUCACCGCCAGGUACUCGUUGCAACCUACGACCUUCAGCUCGUGCGGAAACUUUCUGCCGACCGAAAAGGACUCGUCGAGAGGACUCGAUGGGAGCGCGAGACUCGAUGGAUCCGCACGGCGACGGGUCCACGUGAAGGGAAAACGGAGAGCGCCCAACCCUCCCGGCGCGGUGAAGAUCGUGGAGGUCGAUGCACGCGAAACGCCGGCGAGAAGCAGCAAUAGACGCAAACGACGGGCGCCACGACCUCCUGAAACAGCGUCGGUGGAACGGUCAAAGCCCGUCACCGAUGGCGGCGGCAUGGAGAUAGAGGAGCGGCAAGAUGCCGACGAAGGACAGUCGAUCAGCAACGACACGUUGAUCCUUCAGGGUGGAAUGUUGCUGUCAAAGAAGGAAGUUUGCGGCAGUCCAAAGGCCGCGAAGAACAACGAGAGCGACGCGGGAGCGUCCAGCGUGACGGUCCUUCAGGAAAAAGCGCAGAGCCCCGUUGGUACCCUGAACAUGCCUCGACCUUGGUACAAGCGCAGCGUUUUCGAGCACUCUCGCGAGCACUCCGGAUCGUCCAAGAGAGGCGCCGUCUUUCGCAGCCCAAUGACGUCUGCCGAAAUGAAGGAGGAGUGUAAGCUCGGGAUGAAUGUAAAUUCUUCUCCGAGCUAUUCCAUUGAUGCUUCUCUAUCGAGACUAAGUUUCUUCCAUCGCGGUGAGCGGCAGAGCGAUGAAAGAAAACGACAGGAGGCCAAACGAAAGUCCGGCUUGUCCAUCCUGACGAACAUCAGCGAGCUGGAUAAAGAAGCGGCGGCGAUCGUGCAGGAGGAGCAGGCGCGAACGCGGGCGUCGAUGUUGUUGAAGACCUCAAAAUUUGCCGACGAGUUCGAAAGGAGGAACGACGUCAACGAAGAACUUGUUCAGGACAUGGUCACCUCGGCGAUUGAGAGCUCGUCGCCUAGACGAGGCACGCGCGCGUUGAUAUCAAAAUUCAAUGCCAUCAGUAAUAUCACUAAGGUCACGGUCAACGCUAAUUUCUUCAACGCUAAAAGGGAUCAGCCGGGUUAUAAGCUUGAUCGCGAUGCAACGAGAAACAGCAAAUUCGAAGAGAUCGGAGAUUGGAGGAAUCAGAGAUUCUCGGUCCAGCAAGAUCUCGGCCAAAGCGUCCGCGUUGAUAAGGAUAUCUCCAGGUACUUUUUGCCGCAGCAGAGAUCGUCGAGGAAUAGAACCGAACCGAUUCAUAAACCGGACGUAAAGUCGGUUGACGUCAAAAUUACCUCCGGCAAAGAGCAGAAUGAUCAGCUGAUGAAGGACGCGUCUAGUAGAAUAUCGUAUUUACAAAGUCAACUCGCUGCAAAUCGCACGAAUGAGUCUGUAACUGCUCAAAAGGAUAUCGCGUUUCCAGAAGAAAAGAUUAGAUCGCGGCAAGAAAUCACCAAAGAAAUGAAGGGCAAAGAAUCGCCGAGAUUGAACAAUGAAACAAGAAGAAGAUUUCUACUUUCCCGUGCUCGUAACUUAGCUGAGGGCGCGGAAAGCGCGUUAGAUCCCUUCAGAGAAAAGGCGGAAGGGGUGCAGACGGAAUUUUCGGACAUUUUCGACGAGAUCGACCGACAGUUGCGCUCUAGAGAGUUCAAACUCAUCGAACGGAGACCGGCAGCCGAAUUUGACGGUGUCGCAGGCAAAGUUCCGGAGGAUGAAGCCGUAUCGAGCAAAGUGGCUAAAGUGCUUGAUAUCCUGGUGGAAGCCGAGAAGGACGGUAAAACGAGAACGGUGAUACAGCCGGAAAGAUCGAUGCGAGACAAGGGAACAACGUCGCGUUUGAUUGAUUCAGACCGGAAAGCGAAGUCCAGCAAGACAAAAUUAACCGUUCUCAAUACCGUCGAGGAUCCAAUUACCGUGGAUUUGAAGGAGAUGCUGAAGGAGAUGAAGCACUCGUUACCGAAACGGCCCAAGUCGAAGAAGACUGUGUCAAACGACGGCGAUGUUCUCGAAAAAGUUGAGAAGCACUCACCUGUACCUGCAAACAAGACCUCCUACAUCGCCUCGGUAACGGCAACGAAGACGACGGCGGCGACGACGUCGUCGAACGAUUACGAGACAGAUAAGCAAAAGGUAUCCUCGUCAGCGCAAACCAGCGGAAACAUUCGCAGAUUAAAUCAGCCUUCGACUUCCGCCGCGCGGCCGUCCACGUCGGGAUGGAAACACGAGAACGUGCUCUACAGAACUUCUGGCAAAGGUUCGGUCCUUGUGAAAAAUACUUUCCAACUGAUACGACCGCGCGAUUUCGCCGAGAUAGAAGCUUCGAAGACCACGAAGGAGGUAUCCAAGGAAAACACUUAUGCCAAUGUGAUAGAACCGUCGCUGUACGCCAAUACUCACGUCGUCCCUCCCAAAUCGCCGAAACAACGAUCGGAUCCGACGACAUCUAAGGAUAUUUUGCAAAGUAAUCAGCCCGAAGAGCGGUCCAAUAUUACAAACGAGAGUAAAACCAUGUUGAACAAUGAUCAGCUUACAAAUGAAGAUGAUAAUUCAACAGCGAGGAACAUGAAUACUCUGGCUAUAAAUCGAUUAUUAAGAAAGCUGGAAGGGGCCAUAGCGUCGGGCCAUCAUCAGCAAGCAGCGGGAUUAGCGAAGGAAUUGGCAAGGCUCAAGAUCCAUUGUUCCGUGAUACGACAGCGUUCGGCGGCAUGUUUGAAGGAUCAGUCGAUUAAAGUCAAUAUGUAUAUCGAAGACAAACUCGCUCACCAAGGGCCCAUACCACUUCAGCUGCCGACGAGAAUGACGGUAGCUGAGCUGAAGACAAAGGUACAUACGGAGUUUGAGAUACCCACGAACGUGCAGCGAUGGAUCAUUGGGAAAAACUUGGCCGAUCGCGACGGGGCCACUCUCGACGAGUUACACGCAGUGGACGGUUCGCCGGUGUUUCUCUAUCUCGUAGCACCCGAAUUACAAGUCGACAAUGCAGCACAAGCGAACAAGCCACAGCCAGCAGAGGAAAUUCCCGAGGAAUUGCCACAAGAUCCACCACACACAGUGGAACUAGCGGAAGCCUUGCAAACAAUCGAAGAAAAGCAAGAAACUAAGGAGACAGAUAAAAUAAUAUUGACAACAAAUGAGCAUCAGCAAGAAACAGCAGAGACAGACAUGUCGGAAGACGCCAAGAUAGGACGAUACGAGGAAUUGAUAUCGUUGGAGAACUGGGACGUCAUUCCGAAUUCCGAAUCAAUCGAGUGCCCAAUAUGCUUCGUUACAUAUGGUCCGCGCGAAGGUGUAAUUCUGAGGGAUUGUUUACACAUGUUCUGCAGACCAUGCAUCGUCAAUACGAUCGCGUAUUGCGAAGAAGCGGAGGUGAAAUGCCCAUACAGAGACCCCGAUUAUACGUGUGAAUCGACCCUUCAAGAACGUGAGAUCAAGGCGCUCGUCGAGCCGGAAGUUUAUCAGCAGCACCUCGCGAAAUCGAUCGCGCAAGCGGAGAACAACGCCGGAAAUAAGGCCUUCCAUUGCAAGACACCGGAUUGUCCUGGUUGGUGCAUUUACGACGACGACGUGAACAAUUUCUUGUGUCCUGUAUGCGGAGCCAAUAAUUGUCUCACCUGUCAGGUCGUUCAUACCGGAAAGAACUGCAAACAAUAUCAGCAAGAAUUGCAACUUUCUAAAGAGACCGACCAAGAAUCUAAAAGGACAGCAGCAAUGCUCAAAGAGAUGGUCGAUAGAGGAGAAGCACUUGCGUGUCCCACGUGUGCCGUCGUCCUUAUGAAGAAAUGGGGUUGCGACUGGCUGGUUUGCUCCAUGUGCAAAACGGAAAUAUGUUGGGUAACCAGAGGACCGCGCUGGGGCCCAGGAGGUAAAGGGGACACAUCCGGCGGCUGUAGAUGUGGUGAGAACGGAGUCAAGUGUCAUCCCCGUUGCAAUUACUGCCACUAAAGAAUUACAACUACCAUGGCAAUCGAGCAAACGCGAAGUUAACGAUGAUAAUAAGGUGUCCUAGAAAUGCUUUUAUAUUAUUAUUCAUAUUGACACAUAUAAUUUAUAAACUCGAUGCGACGUACGACGAUCUUUUAUACGUGCGUUUAGUGUAAGCUCGAACCCCGAUAAAUCAGUAUGCAAUAGGAAUUAUACGCUGCUUGCUCAAUGAUUAUAAUCUUAUCGCGGCACCGUCCUUGACAGGAUCGAAAGUGAGAUUCUAAUAAAAAGAGGAACACACUUAA